AUUGUGAAGACCUAAUAAAUACUUUUUGAUUGUAAACAAAGAGGGUAGUUUCCCAAUCAACAGGCUACAUUAAAGUUUGCUCAGUCGAAAAACAGUGGCGCGCAGAAGCUGGAAAAGCGUCGGAGACCGAGGCGGGCUUUAUCAAGUCUCGCAUCAUACCGCACAAACGCCAGAAGUAAGUGGAACUUUAGUGGAAGGUGAUCGACGAAAACUUUCCCCUUAUCACUGUAUAUUUCAAUAACAAUCUCCUCACACUCCACCCCUACAAGACACCUGACCCGCAUUAUCAAAUCACAAGGGAUUUCCACUUGCCAAGUUCUAUCCUUGAAAAUUGAUACAACCCAUGUUUUUGGAUGUUUUAAUAAAACAAGUUAUCACGAAUGUUGAAUUGACAUGAACGAUGAGCAAUUACCGAGUGAAUGGCAAAGUGGUUAACUCGUUCAUCAGAUGUGUAUUAAAUAUCUGGAUCCAUUGAAUAUUGAGGAUCAACAAUGGAGGAACAAGAGUCAAAGGGAAUGACAAAUCAAUCAAAUUGGGUGGAGUCAACAAUGUUCGUGGUGCAAAUGUAUUACACACCGACAUUAGUUGGUCUAGGUACUCUAGGUAAUUGUUUAUCAGUGUAUGUAUUUUUUUAUACAAAAAUGAGAAAGGCUUCGUCCAGUUGGUAUCUGGCAGCCUUAGUGAUAAGUGAUACUGGAUUUUUGGCGUCACUGUUUGUUGUCUGGUUGAAUCUUGUGGGAUUUGGUAUAUUCAAUCGUCAGGGUUACUGUCAAUUUUUUGUUUAUCUAUCUACACUGUGCAGCUUCUUGAGUGUAUGGUUUGUGGUGUCAUUCACUGUUGAACGUUUCAUCGCUGUGUUGUAUCCACUGCGACGGCAGUCGUUGUGCACAGUGACAAAAGCUAAAAUGGUUAUCCUAGGACUCACGUGUAUCGGUGUGAUACUGUGCAGUCCAGUACUCUGGUUUUCGGGUCCACGGCCAGUGAAUAAUAAGCCUAAUAUCACUGCUUGUCAACUUGUCACUGAGAGGGAGAAUUUGGCCAGUGCAUUCAACGUUGCUGAUACAAUUUUAACAUUUGUUCUACCAUUUGGUACCAUCGUCAUUCUCAACGGGCUCAUUUCGAGAGCUGUCUGGAGGCUGGCGAAUGUCCGAAGGACCCUCACCACCAAUGGCCAGAGGAAUCUCAGGUGUGGUAACACCGGUAUGUCCCAGGCUAAAGUGACAAAAAUGUUGCUGGUGGUUUCCAGUGUUUUCCUCUGCUUCAAUUUACCAGCUUAUGUCAUGAGAGUACGAGCAUUUAUAGAGGUACACCAGGAUGAUACAAGAUCCACUAUGUUAGCACAGCAGAUAGCAAACCUUCUCUUUGAUACUAAUUUUGGAAUAAACUUCGUACUGUACUGCGCGAGCGGACAAAACUUCCGUAAAGCCGUUGUGCGAUUGAUCCUCAGGAGGCCGUGGAGAUGGCAUUCUGGCACACCAGUAUCGAAUCACGUAAGUGACAUAAGGCGAUCGAGCAGUAAGAUGACGCGUCAAAAAACCAUCGUGUAUGAAGUUCCAUGGAAUGAAGGUUGUGAGAUGAGAACUAUCGAAUCAUCAAGUACCAGGACCCUGAGUCAAUAGAUCUUCGGUUAAUGAUUUAAAAUACGCACCACUGU